AUGUCGGUUGAGUUGUUCAAUGUGUGGGGCAUCGACUUUAUGGGUCAGCUUCCUAACUCUUUUGGUGAUACUUAUAUACUUGUCGCCGUUGAUUAUGUUUCAAAAUGGAUUGAGGCGAUUGCCACAAAGACUAAUGAUAGGAAAUUGAAGUCAAAAUGGAUUGGGCCAUUCAUAGUUCAAGAAGUGUUCCCUCAUGGAGCGGUGGAGAUAGAAAACUUGAAGACAAGAAACCGAUUCAAAGUUAAUGGACACCGGCUACAAGCUUACCGAGAAAAUUAUGCUCCAAACAAGGAAAUGGAGUACUUCAAUGAUCCUAAAUGA